AUGCCCAAGACGCCAGGCUCGAGUGCUUCUAGCUCCAGUCGUCGUGGCCGAGGUCGAGGAGGUAGAGGAUGGAGGGGCCGCACUUACAACCGCGGGAACAGUGGUGGUUUGUCCUCCAGAGGUGGCUCAACACGGCCACGAGCUCGUAAUCCCUCUUCAUCGAUACGCUACAGUUCUGCUUCUCGAAACCACGCACAGUAUUCAGAUUCACAAGAACCGCAGACGCCCAAUGCCGACACUCGUGCUCGAAGCAGCAGUGAGCCCAUUCAACAUGAAGUUGUCAUGGCCAUCGACCUCAGGGAUAAUUGCACCAUUGGGUGCGCAUAUUUUUCAACUACUGACGGGAUUCUCCAUGUAUCCGAGGACAUUGCUACAGCUUCACUUGACAUUGCGGAACAAUUCCUUAUCCACAUCCAACCAACCAGUCUUCUUGUAUCUGCAAGAGCACCUGGCAGUUUCCGGGACCAGCUGGAGAAGAUCACUGCGUCAGAAGGUCAGCGAAAAUAUAUUCAUCUUUCGAUUCGUGCCUCAAAAGGAGUUAUUUUCCGCGGCUUGCAGUCGUCAGAGUUCUCAAUCGAAACGGCACACGAACGACUUGUCAGUCUCGAUUCACAAGCCUUAUCUGCUACUGGUAUUGUAUUCUCCACAGGGAUUGAGGAGGAUGGAAGUGAAGAAUCCAUACCCGGUCUUUCUCAACCUGAGUCGCAGGCAUUCCGUCAACUUCGCUAUGGAGGCUGCAUAAACAUGAAUAGCCAGGUAGGAUGUGCUGGUGCCUUACUUGGCGAUGUUCUUCGUCGACGAUCCGCUGGUUUUCUCCCUGAUGGGCAAGUUGCUGGUGUUCUCUUUCGUGUUGUUGACAUCCGCAUGUUCUCCCUUAAUACCUACAUGUAUGUCAGCACUGACGCUCUGUUGUCACUGCAAAUUCUGCAGACCGAAUUGCACCCCAACAGCCAAGCGUGGGGACCAGAUGCGAACAAGGGCAAUUCGAAAGAAAGUCUUUCUGUAUAUGGACUGUUCCAUCACCUGGCUUGUACCCCUCAAGGUCGUACACAACUACGUCAACUCUUCCUUCGACCACUGUUGGACCUUGGCAUCAUUUCGGAGAGGCAGAGAACCAUCACAGUAUUGCUUCAACCAGACAACGCCGACAAACUUGCACAGUUGACUUCGACCCUACGCAAAAUUCGAAACAUGCGUACCACUUUAGCGCAGCUGCGAAAAGGCAUUGAGUUUCCCUCUGCUGGUCAAUCUUUCGAUAGGGGCGUAUGGGCAACAAUCCAGAAGUUCACCGCCCAAGCUCUGACUCUCAGAGAAAUGAUAGGCUUCUACAUGAGAGAGUUAGACGAGGAAUACGGAGACAUGUAUUGCCAGAUUGGAGAUCGGGAGGUGGAGAUUAUACAUGAUCUUGCAGGUAAAGUUUUGGAGCACGAGGAGCCUCUGUUGCUUGCCUCGGACAUGUGUGGUGAGUUUGAUGCAAUACUUGCCCUUGCGCUUGGUGCCGAAAAGUACGAUUGGCAUGCACCACAAGUGGUGGAAGCAAGCAUUAUCCACAUCGAGGAAGGCCGCCAUCCUCUGCAAGAACUUGUUGUGCCAACCUUCAUCCCAAAUCCCUGCCAUCUCUUUACAGGGACAUCAACUAUAACGGCGGCCCAAGAUGGCUCGCCUCAGGCUCUGGUCCUGACUGGGCCAAAUCACUCUGGAAAGAGCGUCUAUCUGAAACAAACAGCUAUAAUUGUCUAUCUGGCCCACAUCGGAAGUUUUGUACCGGCAGUUCAGGCAACAAUCGGGCUCACAGAAAGCAUCUUGACUUGCAUAUCUCCCAGGGAAAGCAUGUCUGGGGGCGAGAGUGCUUUUGCAAGAGACAUGAAACAAGCUGCGCUAUCAAUGAAAUCAUCAACACCUAGAAGCCUCGUCUUGGUAGAUGAGUUCGGGAAAGGGACCAAUGGCGAUGACGGUGCCGGAUUGCUGGCCGCGCUACUGGACUACUACCUAUCUCUCGGACCCGAGUGCCCUCGACUACUUGCUGCCACGCACUUUCAUGAAGUUUUCGAGUGUGGGUAUUUGGAAAACCACAAUGGAUUACGCAUUGCGCACAUGAACGUCAGAAUGGACUGGAAUGCGUCAGUUGCGGAUGAUCAAGUGACCUUUCUCUUCAACCUUGAAUAUGGCCAUAGCACGUCAAGCUUGGGAGGCAGAUGUGCAGCUUUGAAUGGAGUACCAAGCGCAGUGGUUGAACGCGCCGAAAACAUUUCAAAGUUGCUGGCCCGAAACGAAGACCUGAGUGCGGUUUGUGCUCGCCUUUCUCAAGCAGAGGAAGUCCAGCUUAGCAAGGCAGAGAUGACUGCGCGGCUGUUUCUAAGUGAGACCUUCGGCGACCAAGAUGAGGCCAACUUGAACGGGGAAGAACAUACGAGAGGUUCUAUUAUUGAGGUCUUGGAGGAUAUACUGUCACCUGAUAUUUGA